AUACAUACUGCCAUUUCAUCCUGUGGAAAAAUCCAUUUUUCCUACCCCAUAUUACCUCUCUGUAUCUCUUACGGUCGUCGAGGCUGAGGUGCCCUCAAGUCAGCAGCUUUUCUGUCGCCAGAGUCGUAUUUUCCCUGGUCAUCUUUAUUCAGCACCCGUCUCCGCAGCAUCUCUUGCUGUCACGUUGGCCAAAAUGGGCAAGGUCGAGGUGCAAGAGGUUGACUACAGCAUCAAGCCAGAAAAUGUCACUCCUCAGAUCCCAACAUCGGAAUGGCCUUUAUUGCUGAAGAACUAUGAGAAAUUGUUGAUCCGAACUGGCCAUUUCACACCCAUUCCCGUUGGCUGCACGCCGCUGAAACGCGACCUCAAAUCCUACAUUUCCUCGGGUGUGAUCAAUCUCGACAAGCCCUCGAAUCCCUCCAGCCACGAAGUCGUUGCAUGGGUGAAGCGAAUCCUGCGAGUCGAAAAGACCGGUCACAGCGGUACGCUCGAUCCCAAAGUGACGGGAUGUCUGAUCGUGUGCAUCGAUAGAGCCACUCGCUUGGUCAAGUCACAACAGGGAGCAGGAAAAGAAUACGUCUGUGUGGUGCGACUACACGACAAACUCCCCGGUGGUGAAGCGCAAUUUGCGCGAGCCUUGGAAACCCUGACUGGUGCUUUGUUCCAACGUCCUCCCCUCAUCUCGGCCGUCAAGCGACAACUGCGUAUUCGAACGAUCCACGAGAGCAAGCUCUACGAAUUCGACAAUGAUCGACAUCUCGGUGUGUUCUGGGUGAGCUGCGAGGCCGGAACUUAUAUCAGAACGCUUUGCGUACACCUGGGGUUGCUUCUGGGUGUGGGUGGCCACAUGCAGGAAUUGCGCAGAGUGCGGUCUGGGGCUAUGGAUGAGACCAAGGGCAUGGUCACAUUACACGAUGUUCUGGAUGCACAGUGGAGCUAUGACAACAACCGAGACGAGGCAUAUCUGCGCAAGGUGAUCUCGCCGUUGGAGACUCUCUUGACCACAUACAAGAGAAUAGUGGUCAAGGACAGCGCAGUCAACGCCGUCUGCUAUGGUGCCAAACUCAUGAUCCCUGGUCUGUUGCGGUUCGAAGCCGGCAUUGAAGUACACGAGGAGGUCGUUCUCAUGACGACUAAGGGCGAAGCUAUUGCUCUAGGUAUUGCUCAAAUGUCGACUGUGGAGCUGUCGACAUGCGAUCAUGGCGUCGUAGCCAAGGUCAAGCGAUGUAUCAUGGAGCGUGAUCUCUACCCGCGAAGAUGGGGCAUGGGACCAGUCGCCGUGGAGAAGAAGAAGAUGAAGUCUGACGGCAAACUUGACAAAUAUGGACGACCAAACGAAGCGACCCCUGCCAACUGGACCGCCUCAUACACCGAUUACAACGCACCUGAAGGAGCUUCUGCUGCCGCGCCUGUCAAAGAAACCACCUCACAGUCCGAUGUGCUUUCUGCACCACCUGUUGCACCCAAUGGCGAGACGGAUGUGAUCACCGCGACCACCGCCGUGAAUGGUGAAAAUGACAAGAAGCGAAAGAGCAAACAUGACGGUGAGACGGCAGAAGAGAAGGCUGAGCGCAAGCGGAGGAAGAAGGAAAAGAAGGAGAAGAAGGAGAAGCGAAAGAGCAAGGGUGGAGACAGCGAUGAUAGCGACUAGAUGUGAAAGCGCUAUUUCUCGAAGGUUUGGCAGUCGAUGACUAUGGCCAACACCUAAAAAAUCCUGGAAAUCUCCACCCACGACCGAACGACUCAGGCUAUCGGAUCUCGUUCAUCAGUAUCUGGCGUUCACAGGAGUGAAGGCAGCUUCAAGCGCAUGUUCGAUCAAGGGCUUGGGCUAGGGCUAGGGCGGGAGGUUGGGAGGGCCUGGCGGGUUCUCGAAUCAUUUCCAUCACCAAUGUCGCAAGUACCAUGAAAAUUUGAUUGUAUCUGCAAAUUCUGAACGUGUACAGCGCGGUUUCGGUCCGGUGAGGUAAUGGUCGUUCGUUUGACGAGCUGAUGGCGGUCUGGAGAGUAUCUAGAUAAUAUCCGAAUACAAUCAAUGUCAUGCAG